AAAUGUGAAAUUAAAUUCCAAGUAUGUCUAUUUAAUGCAAGGUCAGUUAGGAAUAAAUCUCAGGAACUUAACCAAUAUGUUUGUGACAACAAUUUGGACAUUUUUGCUAUAACAGAAACAUGGUUAUCAGCAAAUGCAGACACUGCUUCAAUCACCGAUCUUGUACCAAAUGGAUAUUCCAUCUUUCAUCAGCCAAGACCAACACGCGGAGGAGGGGUUGCUCUGAUUUUCAAGUCCAGUCUUGGUGUUACAGUUCAGAAACCGAUUAAGUUUACAACUUUUGAAUAUCUUCACACAAUAAUAUCUGUUAUGAACGAAAGAUUAUCUGUUAUUGUCAUUUAUCGUCCACCUAGCAGAGAUGCUGAAACUGUCUCGAACUUUUUUAGUGAAUUUCCCAGUGUUUUAGACAAACUUGCAUGUUCGGGCAAUAGACUUCUACUUCUUGGAGAUUUUAAUUUUCACCUGCAGGAUCUUACCGAUACAAACGCUGUUCGAUUUAAUGACUUACUUAGAGCAUAUUCCCUUUGUCAGCAUGUUUCAGUUCCCACACAUAAUCGUGGUAAUAUUUUGGAUUUAGUUAUAUCUAGAGACUGUGAAAAUCUUAUUCAUAACGUAAGUGUUUCGAAUAAUCUCAUCUCUGAUCAUUUUCCAGUUAAUUUUAAUCUGAGUAUUCGGAAGCCUCCACUUCAAACUAAAACACUCACUUUUAGAAACUUCAAGAAACUUGAUAAAGGGUGUUUUAUUAAUGAACUUCAGAAUGCUAAUUAUUUCUCAAUUUCUCAACUCGAAGAUGUCAAUGAAAAAGCCAGUGCUUAUAAUAGUAUAAUAGUAGAUGUUCUUGAUCAAAUUCUACCACUCAAGUCCAAAACUAUUACUAUCCGACCAAAUAAUGCUUGGUUUACUGAUGAGUUACUUGAACUAAAAAAGUCGAAAACUAAGGCAGAGAAAACUUGGUAUAAGACCAAACUUCAUGUUCAUAAGGAAAUCUUUAAAUCUAAGAAGAAUGAACUCAACUAUAAAAUAAAAGAGUGCAAGAAAUCAUAUUUUUCUAAUAGUAUUGAAAACAGUAAAAAUAAGCAACGUGAAUUAUUUAAAAUAUCAAAAUCUCUUCUUGAUCAUACACAUGGUCAAACAAUUCUACCAGAAUCUGAUAAUCAAUUUGAACUUGCAUGUAAAUUUUCAAACUAUUUUUCAGAGAAAAUUCAAAGAAUCCGCUCGGAAUUAAAACCAACGCUAUUAGCAGGCGGUGAAAAUCACAAUUGCGAUUCUCAAAUCCCUCCGACUUUGUGCAGGUUUCAGACUGUCAGUGAGAAUGAUAUUAAAAAAUUAGUGAAAGAAUCUUCUAAAACCACUUGUUCUUUGGACCCAAUUCCAUCCAAAUUCAUAGUGGAUAAUCUUAAUGUGUUUUCUCCGGUUAUUACCGAUAUCAUCAAUUCUGCUAUAAGUGAAAAUUGUGUCCCUGAUGUAUUUAAGCAUGCCAUUGUUUUUCCUUUAAUCAAAAAGCCCAGUCUUGACAUAAAUCUUGAAAGAAACUACAGACCAGUAUCUAAUUUAAGUUUUAUAUCGAAGCUUUUAGAACGUUGUAUUUCAAAACAGUUAGUGUCCCAUAUAUAAGUGAUCAUGAUUUAUUGGAAAAGUUCCAAAGCGCCUACAGAAAAUACCAUAGCACUGAAACAGCUCUCAUACGUGUACACAAUGACAUCAACUUAUCUGUAGAUAAGAGUGAAUGUGUUCUACUUGUACUA